GUACUACAAAAGGCGAGGGUGGGGGGGGAGAGGGGAGAGGCCAUUGCAUAUCUCUCAUAUCGCGUGCACUCCACAGCUGCUGUUGACACGGGGAGUUGUGAGUAGUUUUCUGUUGUUUUUCCUGAUUUUUGGAUCGCUGUUCGCUGCCUGCAGCUGAAUCGAUCGGUUGAUUGGGUGGGAGAAAUGUCGAAUCUGAACGGGUCGACUGCGGAUCUGAGGUCGGUGUUUCUCGGCGUGUACUCGUCGCUCAAAUCCGAGCUGUUGAACGACCCAGCUUUUGAGUGGACCGAAGGUUCGCGCCAAUGGGUCGAGCGGAUGCUGGAUUACAAUGUGCCCGGAGGGAAGUUAAACAGAGGUCUGUCAGUUAUUGAUAGCUAUAAUUUACUGAAAGAUAGAAAAGGCCUCACUGAAGAAGAGGUGUUUCUGGCAAGUGCUUUGGGCUGGUGUAUUGAAUGGCUUCAGGCAUAUUUUCUUGUCCUUGAUGAUAUCAUGGAUAAUUCUCACACACGGCGUGGUCAACCAUGUUGGUUUAGAGUCCCCAAGGUUGGCAUGAUUGCUGUAAAUGAUGGGAUCUUGCUUAGGAAUCACAUCCCUAGAAUACUAAAGAAACACUUCAGGGAAAAGCCAUACUAUGUGGACCUACUGGAUUUGUUCAAUGAGGUGGAGUUUCAAACAGCUUCUGGACAGAUGAUAGACCUAAUUACCACUAUUGAAGGAGAAAAGGAUUUGACCAAAUAUUCGUUGCCUCUUCACCGUCGCAUUGUUCAGUAUAAGACUGCCUACUACUCUUUUUACCUUCCAGUUGCAUGUGCAUUGCUCAUGGCGGGUGAGAACCUCGACAAGCAUGUACCUGUGAAAGAUGUUCUUAUCGAUAUGGGAAUCUACUUUCAAGUUCAGGACGAUUACUUAGAUUGUUUCGGUGAGCCUGAAAAGAUUGGGAAGAUUGGGACAGAUAUCGAAGAUUUUAAGUGUUCUUGGCUGGUUGUAAAAGCCCUGGAGCUGUGCAAUGAAGAACAAAAGAAAAUUCUUCACGAACAUUAUGGAAAAGAUGAUCCGGCUCAUGUUGCGAAGGUUAAAGCCGUGUACAAUGAGCUGAAUCUCCAAGGUGUGUUUGCCGAAUACGAAAGCCAGAGCUACGAGAGGCUGACGAACGCCAUUGAAGCUCAUCCGAGCAAAGCUGUGCAAGCAGUGCUCAAGUCGUUCUUGGGGAAGAUAUACAAGAGGCAGAAAUAAGAUGGGAGAAAAUUCCGCGGACAUGGUGCACGUUUGUAUUAGUUAGCCUCUCGAUGUGGCUUCAUGAUUUUCUUCGAUUGUCUUUAUCUUCUCAUCUUGUUUGCAGUUAAUGUUGCCAUAAAUGGUUUAUGUAGAAAUUAUUACCAGUUGUGGAAUUGAAUGAAUCUUGUUCGCAAAUUGCAUUAGAUGAUGAUGAUGGCCUUUGUUUUCUA